UUGUAUCAAAUUAAACUUUUCAAAAUGGGAAUAGAAGAGCUAAAUUGCUUUAAAGUAAACAAAAUGUAUUGGAGAAUUCUGGGUAUUUACCCAGAUACGUCAAAAAACUUCGGUUUAUCCGUAUACUCGAAAGCUUUUCUUGUAAUUUUUAUAUUUGGCUAUAAUUUUCUCUAUACCGUAAAUUUCUUUUUUAUUCCACGUCAAUUGGACAUAUUUAUCGAGCAAAUGAUAUUAUAUUUAACAAUACUUGUGGUGUUAUCAAAAGUGAUGUGUUUUAUAUUUAUGGAGAAGAAAAUAAUAAAACUGCUGACAAUUUUGGAAAGUGAUUUAUUUAAAACAGAUAAUGAAAUGGAGCGUCAAAUAUUGCGUAAAGCGAAUAAAUUCAACGUUAAAAGCUGGAAGAUAUAUGCGAUUGUGUCAUAUAUUUCGAAUCUGACACAUGUGUCAUCACCUUUGAUAAUUCACUUUUUAUUUUCCGUUAAACUUGAACCGCCGGUGUGUGGUUAUGAUUUUCUAUCAGAUGACCUCAAACAAGCGUUCAUUUAUCCCAUAUAUUUCUAUCAAAGUAUAGGAAUGCAUUUUCAUAUGCUGAAUAAUGUUAAUGUAGAUACGUUUCUUUUGGGAUUAAUGAUAUUUCUUAUAGCCCAAUUGGAUAUACUGCAAAUGAAAAUGAAAAAUAUAACAAAUCAGUCACCGUUUUUGCGAGAAGGGCCUAGCGAUGCACGUUUAGGAAGAGAGACGAAAGAGUUAGAUAAAUGUAUCUUAGCGGAACUUAAUAAAGCAUUAAUACAUUAUGAAGAUGUUACCGAGUAUUGUUAUCUGAUUGAAGAGGUAUUUUCAAAGGCAUUAUUUACGCAGUUUAGCAUCGCCUCUGGGAUCAUUUGUGUUUGUCUGUAUCGCUUCACCUUGCCCGCACCAUGGCAAUACUACGUAUUCCUAACUACGUAUAUGGCUGUAAUGAUUGUACAAAUUUUGAUCCCUUGUUGGUUUGGGACGAGGAUAAUGGAUAAGAGUACUCUUGUGUCUCAAGCGAUAUACCAGUGUGAUUGGACUACACAAUCGCGCCGAUUCAAAAGCAGCAUGCGACUUUUUAUGGAGAGAGCGCAACGCCCUCUGUCGAUAAACGGCUGGAAAAUGUUCCUAUUGUCCCUCAAUACUUUCACGUCUAUAAUGAAUUCUGCGUAUUCAUUCUUUACUUUACUAAGGCACAUACAGACCAGAGACGAUUAA